AUGCAAACACAACACUACUCUUCAUCUCUCUUGUUCUUGACUCUUCUUGGUAUGUCAUGUGCUUUGCUAGUCUCAUCGACACAACCUCCAUCGCAACCUUCGUCACAGUCUCCUUCACAACUUCCGUCACAGCCUCCGUCACAACCACCGUCACAGCCUCUGUCGCAGCCUCCGUCACAGUCUCCUUCACAACCUCCAUCAGAGCCUCCGUCAAAGCCUCCGUCGCAGCCUCCACCACAGCAAGCAAACAUCGCUUGUAAAUCCACUCCUUACCCUAAGCUAUGCCGCACGAUCCUCUCGGCCUUCAAAUCUUCACCGUCGGAUCCUUACCGUUACGGAAAGUUCACACUCAAGCAAUGUCUCAAACAAGCUCGUCGCCUCUCAAAAGUCAUCAACCGCUUUGCACGGCGCGUGGAGGAUGAUCCCGGCGCGUCCACGGCAGAAGAAGUCAGUGCGGUGACUGAUUGCGGUGAGCUAGCAGAGCUUAGCGUUGAAUACCUUGAAACGGUUGAGGAGGAGCUGAAAGCAGCGGAGGUUAUGACCGUGUAA